AUGAGUAGUGCAGUAACUACAGAAGCUGAAAGGAUGAAGUUUUUUUCGGAAGAAAAGGGAACAACAACUCAUGAUGAUAAGGUUGCAAGAAAAAAGGGUGGCCUUAGGACCAUGCCUUUCAUAAUAGCAAAUGAGACAAUCGAAAAGGUGGCAGGCGCCGGGCUUCACGCAAAUAUGAUUCUGUACCUAAUUUAUCAGUAUCACAUGUCUAAUGCUACUGGAGCUUAUGUACUGUCCAUUUGGGGAGCAGUAACAAAUUUUCUGCCAAUCUUGGGUGCUUUUCUAGCUGAUUCUUGGUUAGGCCGGUUUCGCGUGAUUGCAAUUGGAACUAUCAUCAGCCUCACUGGAAUAAUUAUGUUAUGGUUAACAGCAAUUAUUCCAAGUGCAAGGCCUUCCUACUGCAACCUAGCAAUACAAACUACAGAAAGUUGUCCAUCCCCAAAUUCAGCACAACUAGCAUUCCUAUUCUCCUCAUUUGCUCUAAUGGCAAUAGGAGCUGGUGGUAUUAGGCCAUGUUCGAUAGCGUUUGGCGCAGACCAGUUAAACAACCCCGAUAACCCCAAAAAUGAUAGGAUUUUGCAGACCUUCUUCAACUGGUACUAUGCUUCAGUUGGGAUUUCCAUCAUAUUUGCAGUAUUGGUUAUUGUUUACAUCCAAGAAAGAGCUGGUUGGGCUGUGGGUUUUGGAAUCCCCGUCGGGCUCAUGUUUUUGUCCGCCGUGUUCUACUUCUUGGGCUCUCCACUCUAUGUCAAAGUUAAAGCAGACAAGAGCUUGUUAACUAGUUUUGCACAAGUCGUAGCUGCAGCAUGGAAGAAGAAGCACCUUGAGUUACCUCCAACAGAUUCUGACAAAUGGUUCUAUCACAAAGGUUCCAAGAUUUUCGCCCCAACCGAAAAACUAAGGUUUCUGAACAAAGCGUGCAUCAUUGAAAACUCCGACAAAAAUUUGAACUCUAAUGGGUUGGCCGCGGAGCCAUGGAAUCUGUGCACUGUAAGGCAAGUAGAAGAGCUUAAAGCAUUGAUCAAAGUCAUUCCCAUUUGGUCUACAGGAAUCAUGAUCGCUGCGGUUAUAAGCCAACACUCAUUUCCUGUUCUCCAAGCAAAAACCAUGGACAGGACAUUCAUUGGCAACUUCAAAAUUCCAGCAGCCUCAAUUUAUGUCUUUGCAAUCCUGACUUUGACGAUCUGGGUUGCCAUCUACGAUCGCCUUUUAGUCCCUCUACUCUCGAAAUUCACCAAUGAACCAAGAGGACUCAGCUUCAAACAGAGAAUGGGAAUGGGUCUAGCAAUCGCUUGUUUAGCCACAGCAGUAGCAGCAGAGGUAGAGAGGAGGCGGCGAGAAGUGGCAUUCAGAGAAGGAUUAGCAGACAAACCACAAGGUGUUGUGAGCAUGAGUGUAAUGUGGUUAGCGCCACAAUAUUGCCUCACUGGAUUAGCUGAAGCCUUGAAUGCAAUUGGUCAAUUAGAGUUCUUUUACUCUCAGUUCCCUAAAAGCAUGGGAAGCAUUGCAGUGGCUCUUUUGUCACUUGGAUUUGCUGUUGGGAGUUUGGUGGCAAGUCUUAUAAUUGGGAUUGUUGAUGAUGUGAGCAAAAAAGGUGGGGAUGUGAGUUGGGUAUCUGAUAAUCUGAAUAGGGGACACUAUGACUACUACUAUUUGCUUCUUAGUAUUCUGAGUGUGGUGAAUGUGCUGUACUAUAUUUUGUGUAGUUGGGCAUAUGGAUGUGAGAAAUCCCAGAUUUGGGAUGAGGAGGGGAAAGAAUUAGAGGAGGAAGAAUUGAAGGAUCACAAGGGUUCCCCAAUUAUACAAACAACUGCCAUUCUAUAA